AUGGAAACAAACUAUAAGUAUGUUUCCCAAUUAACAAAACAACAAACUAAUGAACAUAUUCAAGAAAUUGAAAGGGUUACAAAUAGAAAAAUAUUAGAAGCAGAAACAGCUGAAGAUAAAAAAGCUUACCUAUACAAAACAAUAUCCACAUUAACAGAAACAAAAGAUGCUAUUCUCUGGAAGAAUAGAGAUCUAGUAAAAGAUCUAGAAGAAGAAUAUGGACAAAUGGAACUAUGUGAAAAAGAUGAAGAAGAACGAAUGUUCCAAGAACAACAACAAGUCAGAAAACAAGGCUUAGAAUUACCAAAAAUAUUACUACCAAAAUAUCUAUAUUACGAAGAAUAUAAACCAACA